UACAUCACAAAGCUAGCAGUUAAUAAAAAAAUAUUACUAGUUUGGUCGAGAAAGAGAAAGAGAGAGAGCAUUAAUCAGAAAAAUGUCUCGCUUCGUGAUGAACUCCAACAAUCUAUGGCUGAUUGGCAUCAGCGACGGCACGAUCAGGGUGAUGGAAGGCGCCUACUCGCCGGAUCUCAACACCCACGACGUCCCGAGAAAUCCCAUAAGCUGGAAGCAAGCGGCCCGGAUCGGGAGCAACAAGUACUGCACCCACCGUGAGCUGGAAGUGUUGGGCGUGGCGUUCACCGGCGGGAAGGUGGAGGAGCUGAGGAGGGGCAUCUCCGGGGGGCAGAGGAUGGUCAACAGGGAAGGGUUCAUGGUCACGUGGCUCAACCCUGGCGGCGGGAGCACCAACCUCAGGCCCAACAGCGUCCUGCGCCGCCUCAACGACCUCUACGACUGGUCCAAGCACGGGGUCCAGGUCAACAUUCCGGUGGAGACCGCGUGGGACCGGUUCGAGCUCACCACCGGGAAGCUCAUGGUUGGGGCCGCUGGCGCGGGCUCAGCACAAGCGAAGAAGGAGUUGGAGGAGAAGGAGAAGGAGAACCAGAGGCUUCAGGCCGAGAAGGACAAGGAGAUCGAGGAGCUCAAGAAGCAGGCCAAGGAGAAGGAGGACGGGCAACUUGCCGCCAAGAAGGAGAUCGAAGAGCUCAAGAAGCAGGCCAAGGAGAAGGAGGAAGAGCAGCUUGCAGCCAAGAAGGAGAACGAGGAGCUCAAGAAGCAGGUCAAGGAGAAGGAGGACGAGCAACUUGCAGUCAAGAAGGAGAACGAGGAGCUCAAGAAGCAGGCACAGGAGAAAGACGAUCAGCUUGCCGCCAAGGAUAAGCAGAUCGCUAACCUCAGGAAUGCUCUCAGUGCCUUCGUCUAAUGAAUAUCCCUGCUGCUCCUGCUCCUGCUCCUGCAUGCAUGCAUUUUCUUACUCAACUAUUAAUCUCCUCCUCUGUUUUCUUUUGGAUUGUUAAUUUCCAUACAUCUCUACGUUUGUACGUGUGUCUUCUGUUGUUGUGUAUUCAAUUGGUAUGUACUGAUCAUGAUCAGUUGCCAAUUACUUAAUAAAAUGUGGCUUUCUCU